AUGGCUGCAGGCACGGGUGGAAAGUCCGGUCCUACCACGAACCAGAAGAGCGAAGCGCGGAAACCGGUGUCGCAGUCCGUGCGUGCUGGUCUCCAGUUCCCUGUCGGCCGUAUCCACCGUCACCUCAAGAAGCGCUCGCAGAACAGCAUCCGUGUGGGUGCCAAGGCCGCUGUGUACACCAGCGCGAUCCUUGAGUACCUCACUGCCGAGGUGCUCGAGCUUGCCGGCAACGCGUCCAAGGACCUGCGUGUGAAGCGUAUUACCCCGCGCCACCUGCAGCUUGCUAUCCGUGGCGACGAGGAGCUCGACUCGCUCAUUCGCGCGACGAUCGCGGGUGGUGGUGUGCUGCCGUAUAUUCACAAGUCGCUGAUCAAGAACCAAGGCAAGACCAACACCAAGAAGGGUGCGGCCACUUCGGAGUAG